UUUUGAAAAUAUUGUUCAUUUUGAUAACGGGCUUUGCAAUUCUCUUGGGGAAUUUUAAUAUAGUUCAUAUGAUAUUGCUUACCUAUUUAGGCUUUAUGCUUUUUUGUUAUAAAUUUGUAAUUCUUCUUUUCUGAAAUAGUAAAUGAAAUAUUUGAAAGCUAAUUCAAUUCUAUAUUAUGUAGAAAAUCAGAUCCAGAUCUGCUUGAAUUAUCUUCCUCGCCAAAUAUAAAAUACCAAAGCAUUUCGAUAUAAGAAAUGGAAUGGCUGUUUACUGAAAAUAAAUACAUUGUUAGAAAAGGCUUAUAGCUGUCCACACCCAUCAUGCCAAUAAACAACACCACGAAAGAGGAGUGCUAGUACAAGUAAUUGAUUACAUAAUUAGUUUUAUCAAGGACUAAUUAAGAAGACUUAGUCACAUAUAUUUAUAUAGAUUUAUGUUUCAGUCUCUGUUGAACUUGAAGCAUCAACGGGAAGACGUGCGUCAAGACGUUGCUUGGAUAGGUAAUAAAUAAUGCUGCUAUAUCAUAUGGACAGAGACGAAAGUAACAUCUGAGCAUAUAUGCUUCAUUCACACAAACUUUAGUAUUAACAACUAAUGAGCAUUUAUACUAAUUCUCUUAAAAACUUAAAAUGAUUCAAUACUUGAUAUGACUUCUGAUUUUAUCAAAUUAUUUGUGUACGUCUACCAACAAACUUUAGUCAUGCGAAUGAGUCGGAUACAUUAUCCAUCUAAUCCAGCAUGUCAUUUAUAAAAUUUAUUAGUAUUGUUUAGUAUAAUAUCUUUCAUCUUUUGACAAAUACAUUAAACAAACUAUAUAUGUACCUUAUUUUUCUGAUGGACAACUGGAUAUACAUGAGCAAAAUAAGUAUUUCUUCGCAUUUGAAUAAAAAAUUACUACAAGUAUCGAUGAAUCUAUGUGCAUGUAUUAGUGUAUAUGAUUUAGAGAUCAGACAUGUUAGUAGUUAAUCACCCAUUGACGAGAGCAUUGGUAACAUUUUUUAAAUAAAUUCUAUAAAUAAUUGAAAUUAAUUAUGUAAAUGUAUAUUAUAAUUUUUCUAAAUACCAUACUUUUUUUUGAAAAAAAAAUAGCACACUUUUUCUAAAAAUAGGACAACUUUUGAAAAAUCUUAAAGCUUUUGUUUUAGAAAACAAUAUUACCAACUAAUUUAGGAAGGCUUAGUUGCCCUAGUAAGUUUCUUUUAAAAAUCUUCAAGCUUUUGUUAAGAAUGUUCUUUCCUUUUUUUAUCCUAAGUAAAUUCUUACAUAAUUCAGAUAAGCCAUUCUCGUUAUUAUAAGUUUUUUAAUCAUUUUUUUAUUAUUACGAAAUCAAUCAUUUUAAACAGUAUGAUGAUAUAUCAAAAAUCCUAAGUAUCAAAAUAGCGUUUUAGAUUACAGCAAGACAUCUCUUUAAUUCAACCAGCCUCAUGUUCAGUUUAGUCAAUAUAUAUUGGGUAUAUUUUAAAAAGAUCAAGCAUAUACAGUAUUUAUAGAUAUCAAGACAAAGCAUAUAGUUCCCAAAGUAUCUCUCUCUUGUUCAGUUCUUAUCUCUAUUCAAUUAUAGUGUCGAGAAUAUGGAGGGAGAUAAUCAUAGUAUGGAGAAAGGAUUACUACUGGUAAAUAAGGAAGAGAAGAGAGGAAGCUCAGAAACAACGAUAACUCCACUUCUUAUCUUCACCACUUUCAUCAUUGUCUCUGCGUCCUACAGCUUUGGAAUUGCCUUAGGUUUUACUGCCGGUACAAUGUCUUCUAUUAUGGAAGAUCUUGAUCUUUCCAUCGCACAAUUUUCAGUAUUUGGUUCGCUACUGACUUUUGGAGGAAUGAUCGGUGCAAUAUUUAGCGCAACAAUUGCAGAUGCCUUCGGUCGUAAAAUGACGUUGUGGGUGGCCGAGGCAUUCUUCAUAAGUGGAUGGCUUGCAAUUGCACAAGCCAAGAAUAUUAUCUGGUUAGACUUUGGACGAUUCUUUGUGGGAACUGGAGUUGGUCUCGCUAGCUACGUGGUUCCUGUAUAUAUCGCAGAAAUAACUCCUAAAAAUGUGAGAGGCACUUUUACAUUUAGCAAUCAGCUUUUGCAAAAUUGUGGGAUCGCAACCGCAUAUUACAUUGGAAAUUUCGUAUCAUGGAGAACGAUAGCCUUGAUCGGCAUUAUCCCAUGCUUGAUACAAUUUUUGGGGUUAUUUUUCAUCCCGGAGUCUCCAAGAUGGCGGGCAAAAGAAAACCGUGAUGAAGAGUGUGAAGUUGUUCUUCAAAACUUACGAGGAAAAGAAGCUGAUAUUGUGAAGGAAACUCGUGAAAUCAUGAUUUCUGUUGAUGCUACCGCAAAUAUCAGCAUGCAAAGUCUUUUCAAAAGAAAAUAUGCUCGUCAACUUAUAAUCGGAGUAGGUGUGAUGCUUUUACAGCAGUUAUGUGGAAGUUCAGGGAUAAGUUAUUACGCAGGCAGCAUAUUUGACCUUGCUGGAUUUCCUUCUCAGACUGGGAUGACGGUGUUGUCUAUGGUCGUGGUACCAAAAGCUAUAUUGGGCCUGAUCAUUGUGGAUCGAUGGGGAAGACGACCACUUCUGAUGGCAUCUGCGUUUGGGUUAUGUUUAAGCUGUAUUUCUCUUGCAUUAGCGUUUGGAUUCAAAGGUGUCCCUGGCAUUGUAAAUUUUACUCCCACUAUGGCAUUUAUUGGAAUAUUGACAUAUGUUAUGAUGUUCGCUGCUGGACUAGGAGCGUUGCCAUGGAUUAUAAUGUCUGAGAUAUUUCCGAUGGAUAUGAAAGUAGUAGCUGGGAGUUUAGUAACCAUAACAAAUUGGUUUACCGGUUGGAUAGUCAGCUACUGUUUCAAUUUUAUGCUCAUUUGGAGCCCUACCGGGACCUUCAUUAUAUUCGCUAUAAUGAGUGGAUUAACAGUUGUAUUUGCAUGGUGUUUGGUGCCUGAAACUCGAGGAUUGACGUUAGAAGAAAUCCAAUUUCCACGUGAGAGUUGAUGAACCCACACAAACAAUAUAAAGCUACUAAUGUCUAAAUUCUUUAUCGAAAUAAAUUAUGUGUAGGAUCAUGUUGUCGAUCAUUGAUGAUCUAAUCGAUCACACGAUCAGAUCUUCUCCUCUUUUUUAUGAACUUCAUCAUUCUCAUCCUUUGUAAUCUGUAAUAUUGACAAUCUUUUCUUUUC